AAAAUUCCCAUCGCAUCAGUACCAAUUCAGCAUCUUGCCCAAUCGCGAGUGCGUCUUUUAGCGAAAAGUGUCCCAAUUUCUUUUUGAGAAUAGCUCUCUCUUGGGUUUUUUCUUUCAGUCUCUUUUAGAUCUUUCGAGUGGAAUUCUGGUCCAUUUGGAGGACACUUUUGGUCAUGUGGUAUAAAUAGCCUUUGUGGAAUUUUCAGUGUGGCAAGUGGAUAAGUGCGUUUUCGGGCUUAAAAUAAAACGCUUUUUAGUUGGAGAAUUGAGACGCAAGGAACGAGGGACGAGUGAAGGAAAAAAAGAUCGUAGGUCCCUGAGGAGGUGGCAGGAAGAAGUGGGAAAAAGGGCGAAAAUUGUGGGUGGAUUGAGGGGAGAGGAAGGAAAGAAAAAAAUUUUCCUUGUGAGAAGUGGGUGUGUUAGCCAAAAUUUCAGAAAGUGAACUCUUGCGUUGUGGAGCGCAGACAUUUGCCAGUGCAGUGGGUGGAUCCAGUGAGAGGAAUCCUGUGCAAGGACAUGGUGCUGAUGUGAGUGGUACAAGAGAAAGUGGCUCUCAGUGCUUGGCUAAACAUCUGGUAGAUAUCACAUAAAAAAAAGUGGACAAAUGUGAGGAGUAAUUCCGUGAAAGCUGGUGAUUUGGCCCGACAUGAGGCGCAGCUAUAAAAGAAGACUCAUCUGGUCACAGCCGAUCCCCUAAGUUCAUCGGCUGCCUCUUCCAUUUAUUUUCUCGUAUACCAACUUCAGCCAUCCACAAUACAAUUUUCUCCAGGACUCCUGACCCACCAGGGAUGCCAUCGACACAGCCCCAUGCCUAAAUGCGUCGUAAUGGCGAGAUUUUCCGCAGGAAGUGCGUGAACAUCCCUGUUUGAAAGAAAAAACCACCAACUCCACAGCAUCUUCACGCAGAGAUAUCUCCACAAAUGAUAUACCUCUGCAUCUUGGUGAUCCUGUGCUUGGGAUUCUGCACCUUGGCAGAUGAUCAAUUACCAACAGAAUGGCCAGAUUAUGGGCGUCAGGUGAAACCCCUCAAUACCGGGGCAGCUCGGCAGAUGUACGGAUCAGGUUCUUUGCGUCCACCGGGACCUUUACCGACGCCGCGUCCCAAACUUCCAGACGAUGGCAGUUUGCAGUCGCAUCAUCGGAUUCACGGUGUUCUCCUCACGAAGCCCCUUUCUCCACCCAGCAACUCAGCCCAGUCCAACAUUGAUCCCUCACUUCGUGGUGUGGGCUUUCCACGGCAGCCUUUCUCCAGUCCUGAUCUCUAUGGCAUCCGGGACUUUGGGCAGCGACGCGGAGAUGGGGGACGGUCGGGUCUGGGGCAUUAUGCAGGAGAAGUACAUGAAUACGUACCACCAAUGGGACAAAUCAAUGUACAGCAUGAGCACGAUGAUCUGAUGAAGCCUGCAGAUGGAGGUGACGGUGGAUCAGAGUGUCAUCUGCAGUGCGAAGAAUGGGAAUUCUUCUGUAUAGAGAGCUGCGCUUGCAUCCAUCGGGACAGUAGAUGCGACGGAUCCGUUGACUGUGACAACCAGGAAGAUGAAUUGGAGUGUGAAGAUGUCAGUGAGGAGAUUGUCCGAGAGAUCCGGACAAAAUGUGAAUCAACUGGGUUGCACAUUAUGUGUCCGCGCACUUAUACCUGCAUCGCCAAGGAAUGGCUCUGCGACGGGGACAACGACUGCGGAGAUUACUCGGAUGAGACUCACUGUGGAGCCAGGCACAACUGUUCCCAAGAUCAAUUUGAAUGCAUGAAUGGACUCUGCAUCCAACAGACGUGGGUGUGCGACGGAGAGAAUGACUGCAAGGACUCAUCGGAUGAGAUCAACUGCACCCGUUUGGCAUGUUCUCCGCAGGAGUUUCAGUGCACAGACGGAGCUUGUGUCUCCCAAUCCUUCAGAUGCGACUCCGACGUGGACUGUGCCGAUGCCAGUGAUGAAGUAAACUGUAACACCCGUUUGGCUCUCUGUCCAGAAGGAGAGUUCAGAUGUCGAGGAACGAUAGGGAGUGUUCGGAGUCUGGGAAGCACAGGAGGUCGUUGUAUCCUGCAGCGGUUCCGCUGUGACGGUGACAACGACUGUGGAGACUGGAGCGAUGAAGAAGGAUGUCCACGGAAGGUAACCAGCUGCGGAGCCAAUGAAUUCAAAUGCGACGAUGGCACCUGCAUUCCCGAUCGCUGGCACUGUGACGGUGAGCAGGAUUGUGACAGUGGGGAAGAUGAGAAAAAGUGCAGUACUGGUACCAAGGAAAUCCAUCGAACCUGUGCUGCAGACGAACACACCUGCAAGGAUGGCAGAUGCAUCCUGAAAUCCUGGCUCUGUGAUGGCAUUGCAGACUGCAAACGCGGCGAGGAUGAACUCGACUGCGAGAUUCACUGCGAAAUCGGUCAAUUCUCCUGUCCAGCUCACAGGAACUCUUCAAAUAUCAAAAUCUGCGUGAAUCAGAAGCACAUCUGCGAUGGCCAGAAUGACUGCCCUGGUGCCGAAGAUGAGCUCAACUGUCCCAAACCCCGUUCAUGUGGUCCCAAUUCAAAAUGUGAACAAGUCUGCAUUACAACAUCAACUGGAAGAGAUGAAUGCGCCUGCAGAGUGGGCUUCAUCCUCCAUGCCAACGGUUACAACUGCACGGACAUCGACGAAUGCCAGUUCUCGACGGAUCCUGUAUGUUCACAGAACUGCAUCAAUACCUACGGCUCCUUUAUGUGUUCUUGCGUAUCAGGAUAUGUCCUACGUCCGGAUUUGAGAACAUGCAAAGCUCUGGGAUCCUCCAUGAAGCUUAUCAUGGCCAACAGGGCGGAUUUGCGACAGAUCUCUUUGAACAAGAAGUACACGUCUCUCAUCAAGGGUCUCCACAAUGCCAUCGCUGUGGACUACCACCAUGCAAAAGGCCUGAUUUUCUGGACAGAUGUCUCAACGGAUGUCAUUAAAAGGGCCUACGUCAAUGGAACGGGUAUUCGGGAUGUAAUUAAAUGGGGCUUGGAGUCUCCUGGUGGACUGGCUGUAGACUGGGUGCAUGAUUUGAUCUUCUUUACUGAUUCCGGAACACGCAGAGUAGAAGUGACGACUUUCGAUGGUGCCCUAAGGGCAGUGAUUGCGGCUAAUGAUCUGGACAAACCUCGAGCAAUUGUUGUACAUCCUGGAGAGAUUCUUCUGUUCUGGUCAGACUGGGGUCCCAAUCCCAAGAUCGAACGUGCCUUCCUCGAUGGCUCUGGUCGUCAGACCAUCAUCACCGAGGGAGUCUUUUGGCCAAAUGGACUUGCCCUUGACUACACAGCAGACAGGAUUUACUGGGCUGAUGCCAAGCAUCAUGUCAUCGAGAGUUCGGCCUUCGAUGGGAGUGAUCGAAAGAAAAUCCUAAGCAAUCACUUACCGCAUCCAUUUGCACUGACAAUCUUCGAGGACUCCAUGUUCUGGACCGAUUGGCACACGAAGAGUAUCAGUACGGCUAAUAAAAUUACAGGAAAGGGAUUUAAGAUUGUCCACGAGGGUUUGCAUUUCCCCAUGGAUCUACACAGCUUCCAUCCAGCUCGUCAGCCCAACUAUUCCAGUCGAUGCCAGGCAGACAAGAAAGGCCUAAAAGGUGGCUGCAGUCAUCUUUGUCUUCCAAACAAGAACAGUCGACGAUGCUCAUGCCCAAUUGGUUUGACUCUCAAGGAGGAUCAGAGAACCUGUACUUCCGUUCCGGAUAAACUUCUCCUCAUUGCGAGGAAGAAGGAUAUCAGACUUCGACAGCUUGAACCAAAGAACGCUUCCAUUGAAGUCGACAUGGUUGUACCUCUGGAUGGACUCAAGUCUGCCGUAGCUCUGGAAUGGUGCAGUGAAUCUGACUACAUCUACUGGACAGAUGUUGGUCGUGGGAGUAUCAGCCGGGCUUUUCUCAAUGGCAGCAAUCAAGCGACAAUAAUCUCUACGAACCUGGUAACUCCCGCUGGAAUCGCUCUGGAUUGGAUCACGGAUAAAAUCUACUUUACUGAUUCGGGAACCAAUCGCAUUGAGGUGGCUUCUGUGGAUGGGAAAAAGAGAUCUCUGCUAAUCUGGCAGGGUCUCGAUAAGCCUCGAGAUAUUGUUGUGGAUCCCAUCAAUGCAAAGAUGAUGUUUUGGUCAGACUGGGGAGAGACUCCACAGAUAGAAAGGGCGGGGAUGGAUGGGAUUGGACGAGAGAGUCUGGUUACCAGUGGACUUCUCUGGCCAAAUGGAUUAUCCGUGGAAGAGAAUCGAUUGUACUUCGUAGAUGGGGGCACAAAGAUCCUUGAGUACAUCAACUUUGACGGAACUGGACGGAAGACUCUGAUAAAUUCAGGACUUCUGCAUCCUUUUGGCUUGGACAUCAUGGGCAACCGUGUCUACUGGAGCGAUUGGGAAACAUUUAGUGUGGAGUCUGCAGACAAGAGAACAGGAAGAGACCUCAAGACGAUCAUCAGCAAUACCAGUGAUUUGAUGGAUAUUAGAAUUUUCCACAGGAACAGGGAUUCCAUCUACAGUCCCUGUGGAAUAGACAACGGAGGAUGCAGUCAUUUGUGCCUCCUGAAUCCUUCGGCUCUUGGAUAUUCUUGUGCAUGUCCAAUUGGCGUCAAGCUCACGAGAGACAACCGAACUUGCAGCGAUGCCCCGAAGAACUUUGUCAUCUUUGCACAUCGAAUUGAUAUCCGACAGAUUUCCCUGGACAUGGAUUAUCAGAUUGACGUGGUGCUGCCAAUGCCUGGACUCUCUAACGUUGUAGCCAUUGACGUAGACCGCAAAACCGGAUACAUCUACUGGUCAGACAAUGUGGAGGACAUCAUUAUCCGGUCUUCAGUAGAUGGGAUGGAAAUCGAGCAUAUAAUUGACGACAGCAUCGACGGUGUAGAUGGCUUGGUGAUUGAUUCCGUAGGCAGAAAGAUCUACUGGACAGAUACUGGCAGGCAUACCAUUGAAGUGAGUGAACUCAAUGGAAGCAACAGGGCAGCACUUGUAUGGAAAGAUCUUGAUUCUCCGCGUGGUUUGGCUAUCAAUUACGAAAGUGGCCUCAUGUUUUGGACAGACUUUGGGAAUAUUCCUAGAAUUGAGAGAGCCGAAAUGGAUGGAGAACGACGAGUGAAGAUUGUUGAGUCAAAGAUUAUCUGGCCCAAUGCUCUAUCAAUUGACGAGACUGAGAAGAGGAUCUACUGGACAGAUGCUCAUCACAAUAUCAUCGAAUCAUCUGACUUUGACGGUAACUACCGAAAGGUUUUGUUGUCCGACGUGCCUCAUCCCUAUGGGAUUGCAGUGUCUGACGAUCAAGUCUACUGGACAGACUGGAAGACAAAAGCCCUCCAUGUAGCACCGAAGAACAAUCUCAACUCAAGCAGGAUGCUCGUGGAAAAACUCGAAGGAUUGAUGGAUGUGAAAGUGAUCAAGGAAGAAGUGGACGUGACUAAGAAUGCCUGCGGGGAAUUCAAUGGGAACUGUAGUCAUCUGUGUCUCCGGAAUUCUGCCUCAUUCUCCUGCAAAUGCCCCACAGGUUUGAAGAUGAAAGCUGGAAGUGAUAGGGAUUGUGAAAUUUUGCCAGAAUCGUACCUAAUCAUAGCAUCUAGGAAUGGUAUUGGUCAGAUAUCGCUCGAGUCAACGGAUUUCUUUGACGUAGUUCUGCCCAUUGAGAAUGUACACGGUGGCGUAGCCCUUGAUUAUCAUUACAACGAUUCCAGAUUGUUCUACGCUGACGUCAACAUCGACGUCAUCAAGUCGGUCAAUCUGGAGAAUCCCUCAGAAACCAGGACAAUCGUAACUGGACUCGACAUUCCCAAUGGAUUAGCAGUUGAUUGGAUAGCGAACAACAUUUUCUGGACAGAUACUGGAUUGAAAGUGGUCGAAGUGGCUAAACUCGAUGGUUCCUUCAGGAAGAUCAUCAUCAAGGACAAUCUCAAUGAUCCCCGAGCUAUGAUUGUCUAUCCCAAAUAUGGGUACAUUUUCUUUGCAGAUUGGGGAGUUCGUCCAGGACAUGCUGCCCGAAUUGAACGAUGCUACAUGGAUGGAAGUUCAAGAACCAACAUCAUUGAUUCCAAUUUAGGUUUUCCCAAUGGGCUGGCAAUAGAUUUUCAGAAGAACAAACUGUUCUGGGCAGAUGCUCUUGAGGAUAAGAUUGAAUCAGCAGAUUUCCAUGGGAAAAAUCGUCAUACCGUUGUCUCUCCAGCUGUCCAUCCAUUCGGCGUAACCCUCUACAAAGACUUUGUCUACUACACGGAUUGGUUCAACAAGAGUGUCUUCCGGGCCUCGAUGCUGACAAACUCCGGUGCAGAAGAGAUUCGUCAUGGACUCCCAGGAGCCCUGGAAAUUCGCUCAGUGGCCGCAUCGCGUCAGCCUAAGGACUACUCGCCAUGUGGCAAUGAAAAUGGAGGUUGCACACAUUUGUGUCUCUUCCGGGAGAAGUCGUACGUGUGCGCAUGUCCAGAUCGCAUGCAGGGCGAGUGUAAGACUGAGCCGCUCUUCUCCGUGCCACUGAGACAGCCAGGAGAACCCGAGGAGCCACCAGAGCCCUCGGAUGACAACGACGGCUAUGGAUUGUCUUUCGUAGUCAAAGACAGUCAUGCUCAGGCAGUUAUCAUCGCCACGGCUGUUCUCACGGUUAUUCUCGUGAUUGUUGUCAUUGCCAUCCUGGUUCUGGUGUUCAAUAGUCGCCGAAAAACUGACAAUCGCACCAGCAAUAGCGGCAACAGAUUUAUGCUCACAUUUACAAAUCCUAACUACAACGGUACUGACGGACAACACAACGGGGAGUCGUCGGUGGAGUCCUCAGCGGGCUCAUCUAAAAGGAUCUGGAAGAGACUGAAAUAUGACAGAUCAACGGAACAAGUUUACGAGGAGAAAUGCCUUGGAAACCCAGAAGCUCCAAAUACUCUGAUGCCGUCAUCUCUCAAUAAUUACUAAAAGACAAAACUACAGAAAUUGAAAACAGGUUGUUCAAGAAAUACAAGAUAAAAAACAAAAAGUUAGUGAAAAAGCUCCAAUUAAGAAAUACUUUGCACGCUUGAAUGAAAAAAAUAAAUAAAAAAGGGAAAUAGACGUAAAAAAAAUUAUGUUUAAAAGAAUUACAUGUCCUUAUAAAGAAAAAAAUGAAAAUGAAGAGAAUUAUUCAAUGAAAAACAAUAACUUGACGAGACUUAAUUGUUAAAUUUUAGAAUAUAUUUAAAAAAGGUAUUACUUUAAAUAGUAAUUGAUGAUGAAAAUGAAUUAUGAAAUGCACGGUUCCCGGACACCUAAUGAAAUAAAACAAAAUAAAAUAAAACAAAACAACUUUAAUCCAAUAAAUGGAAUAUAAAAAAAAUUUAAACAAAAAAAAAACUUCUGUGGGUAAAAAAACGGUAAGUUUUGUGGAAAAAUGAGACAUAAUUAAUUAAAUGGCGUCAUCUUUUUCAUACAGGAAAAAACAUUUUUAACCUAAUAAAUCUUUUGAGUUUCGAAGAUGUGAAGAUUUUAGGAGAGAUUUGAAUUUUUCAAACCAGAAAAAAACUAAAAGUGUUGUGUAAAAUAGUUCUUGAGAAAUUUAAAAGAAAAAAAACUAUGAUGGUGAAACAAUUCCAAGAAGUUCGUAAUAAUUACAUAAUGAAAAAGACAUAUUUUAUAUUAAACUAAAGCAUAAAGAUUGUAAAAGUUAUAAAAUUGAUAAAUGAAAAUGGAAAAGAAUCUACUUUAUUUCUUUUGUCUGACAUUCAAGCAGAAUUUAUUGAUUUGCCAUUCUUCACAUAUUCCAUUCUUUAUCUCCCUCUCUCUCUUCUAAUAUUCUAUUAGUUUUUUUUAUAAAUAUAUAUCUAUUCAACAAAAAUAUUCUGCAAAAAAUAAAUGAUCAGACAACUGUGAGAAUUAUGUGCCAAAAAUAAAACGUAGUGAAAGAUGAAAAAAAAUAGCAAAGAAUGGGAAAUUUCUAUUAUUCUUCUUUUUUUCUAAAAUAAAUAAUAGUAUCUCAAAAAGAUAUUUAGUAUAUUCUAGAUGAUGGCUCCUCUGGAAUUUACAAAAAAUAUCUCAAACAUUUUUUUUUCAGGAGGAAGUAUCUUUAAAUUUCUUUUAAUUUGCAUAACAAAUUCUUUUUUUCCAAAAUACAAAUAAGCACAUAUAGUGCGCGUUUUAGUGCAAAAAUAUAUGUCUUAUGGAUAAAUUUUCCUUUUAUUUCACAUUAAAUUUUAAUUAUCGCGAUAUUACGGGUUCGUACGGAUACAAACGAAAUGGAAUUGUAGGUGAAAAACGAUUUAAUCUGAACCCUUACAAUACUUAAAUGAACUUUUUCCUCAUAUUGCUCUCAAAUGAUGCAAAAAGAUAGGGCUAAAAGGUAAAUUUUCCACUAGAUUUAAGUAUUUAAGAUGAAAGAUAAAUUAUUUUUGUAUUUUUUGCAUGCUAAAAUUUUAAUUUAAAACAAAAAAAAAAUCAAAGUUUUUAUACCUCAGUGCUAGACAAAGAAAGACUCAAACAAGUCUUUUAGAAAAUUCUCGGAGACAGAGAAUAAUUUUUAAUGCAAGGGAAAACUCACUGAUGCAUUGUAAGGGUUUAAGGAAUUUAAAAAAAAAAAUAAAAAAAUAAAAUUACCUCAGAACGACAUGAUGAUUGAGAAGAAGAAAACUUUUUUUAAACAUUAAAAAAUAUUCUUUAUGUAGUGUUAUUUUCCUCAAAAAAGAGAAAUCGAAGAAAAUCACGGGGUUAGUAGCUUAAAAAGGUGAAAUAUUUAGAAAGAGAGACUUCCAAAAAAAAAACAAACUUUUUUUUAUAUAAUUACAAACAUUGUAAUAACUGAACAAAGGCGAUAAUGGAUAGGUUUGGCUGGAGAUCCGGUAUGCACGAGGUAUUAUGAUGUUUCCAUUAUAUAAAAAGUGACACAUAAUAAUUUUAGACGUUUAUUCAUUAUGAAGGAUGAGAGAAACGAAGGAGGUAAAUGAUCCAUUUACAAAAAGGGAUUUAAAAAAAAAAGAAUUAUUUUAAAAAGAAAAUUAAAAGAAACACCUGUGUGAAAGCCUCCCACACAUUUUAUUAUUAUAUUUAUUGUAUGAUGAAAUUGAAUAAAUAAAUGUAUAAAUGUUGAAA